CUUUUUUCUCCCUUUAUAUUUUUCUUAAACAUGUCUUCUGCUGCAAGUAUUCUUAGACGUCAAUUCAAAGAAUUAACAAGGAAUCCAGUUCCCGGAUUUGUUGUAGAUCUUAAAGAUGACAAUAUAUUUAUUUGGGAUGUCGCACUUAUUGGUACACCAAAGACAAUUUAUGAAGGAGGAUAUUUUAAAGCUACGAUGACCUUUCCAGAAGAUUAUCCUUUUAACCCACCCACUUUUCGCUUUAACAAUGAAUUCUAUCACCCUAAUGUCUACCCUGAUGGAAGGCUUUGUAUUUCUAUACUUCAUCCUGCGGGCAAUGAUCCGAUUAGUGGAGAAGCACCAGAAGAACGAUGGAAUCCUACUCAGUCUGUAGAAAGUGUACUUGUAUCUAUCAUUUCCUUACUCGCAGACCCAAAUUGCUCAAGUCCAGCUAAUGUAGAUGCAGGCGUUGACUAUAGAAAGAAUCGUGAACUGUUUGAGAGUAUUGUCAAAAAACAAGUAGAAGCAUCCAAGAAAGAUAUUCCCAAAGGGUUCAAAAUGCCUGAAUCAGAAAAAGACUUUAUGCCCACAGCGCCACCAGAGAUAGAAGAAGAUGACAAUUUCUGGUAUGAAUCAGGAGAUGAAAGUGACUUUGGUGUAGAUGACUAUGAUGAAGAAGAAGACGACUAGAUCACAUCAUUUUUAAAUUGUGUAAUAAAGAUUUACAGGUUUUUAACCUAAAAGAAAAAAAAAAUACAAUGCCGUGCUGGGAUUCAAAUUGCUAUUUUAUAUGUUCCUGAAACUUUUCUUGUUUCUCUUUUUCCCUU